UUUGAGAGAAAAGGGAGACCCAAGAUUACAAAGCCUAUCCUGUUUCAGAUUCUACUGUGUUCCUUAACUGGGGCAACAGGAAAUCAAGUGUUUUACUAUGUUGGGUUAAAAUAUUCAUCCCCCACCAUCGCAUGUGCAUUGACCAAUGUCCUGCCUGCUGCCACUUUUCUCCUCGCUCUUCUUUUCAGACAAGAAUCUGUGGGGAUCAGGACAACCCCAGGUGCAGCCAAGGUGAUGGGGACUGUUGUGUGCGUCGGAGGGGCAAUGUUGCUGUCGUUCUACCAUGGACAAACCAUCAACCUGGGUGAAUCUGGGAUUCAUUGGAAGUAUGCCGAGAUGAUGAGGGGGGGAAGUUCCAGCAGCCAAGGCGGCAGCGCCAUCUGGGGCUCUCUCUACUUGAUCAUAAGCUCUGUUGCUUGGGCGGCUUGGUUUGUAAUCCAAGCAAGGGUUAACUCUCAGUUUCCAGCUCCCUACACAAGCACGGCUAUCAUGACUUUCAUGGCAACCAUUCAAUGUGGAGCAAUCGCCGUUGGCAUUGAGCACAACACAGCUGCAGCUUGGUCAUUGAAAAGUCCAAUCCGCCUUGUUGGUGCUCUCUAUGCGGUAUCAUUGUUCCUUCUCCAACUAACCUUCUCCUGAACAGAAUUGAGAAUCUCUGACCAUCAAGAAUCUGAUGAAGAAAUCUCAAUUACUGAUUCCUUUUCUUUUCACAAUACAAAGGAUUCGCAGAUGUUGUCCAUUUCAAACUAAACACACAUCAAUUUGCUACUACAACCUACACAAAAAGCUUAAUUAAUACUAAUGACCAUAAUAAUCUUCUCCUCUCUAACUAAGUUUU